AUGGGCCAAAGAAGCAAGAACCGGCUGCAAACACGGUGUCAACGGUCAGCGCAGAAGGCCGCACUCAAUCCGUUCCACCGGCCACGGCGGGAUCGUCCCAGGCUGGCCAAGGCCAGUGCGUCCUCUGGAUUACUCUGUGGUCUGACACUCUGCACCACAUCCGAAGCUCCAAGGAAGCAGACUCUACUCUCGACGGCUGUAGUGCUGGUUUACGGCGCCGGCAGCGUGCCCUACCUGUGUAGGGCGCUGAUUGACUCGUGUUCACAGAACCAUUUCGUGACCGAGCGCUUCGCCAACCUGUUGGCGAGCAAAAAGGAACGGGCUGAUUACCGAGUCAGCGGAUUGAACGGGGGAACGACCAGAAUCAGUCACCUGGUGCGCGCGAUGGUCAAGUCCCGCGUUGGCAACUUUGCUGCCGACCUCGAGCUCCUGGUGGCGCCGAAGAUCACUGGCGACGUGCCGGUGAAGACGAUCGACAUCGCUGGGUGGAACCUGCCACCAGAUGUUGAACUUGCGGAUCCCAACUUCAACCAGCGAGGCCGGGUUGACAUGCUGCUCGGAGCAGGCAUAUUCUGGGAUCUUGUGAAGGCUAAACGAAUCACGCUGGCGGCGAACCUCCCAUCGCUCAGAGACACGGAACUGGGCUGGGUGGUCGGUGGCGUGAUGUCUGAAGGAACACCAGUGAUCGCACGUACGUUCUGCACCGUGAACGAAGACGAAGAGCUGAACAAGCUGCUGAACCGGUUUUGGGAGAUCGAAGGAGUUGAAGAUCUGCGGCGACCGGUGACGUCGACAGCUGAAGAGUGUCUCGAGCACUUCCGGAGCACGUACAGUCGGAAGCCAGACGGGAGGAUUGUUGUUCGUCUCCCGUUCAACGAGCGCAAGAGGGACCUGGGCCGGCGGCUUGAUCAGCAACCCGACCUGAAACAAGAGUACGCCAAGUUUAUUCACGAGUACAAGCAGCUUGGACACAUGAAGGAAGUCGAUGUCGCACCGUCCGAACCACCUGGAUCCGCGUACUACCUGCCGCAUCACUGCGUCUUGCGGCCCAGCAGUACAACAACGAAGUUGAGAGUCGUGUUUGACGGCUCUGCGAAAACGUCGACUGGAGUGUCCAUAAACGACGCGCUGAAGGUUGGCCCUACGGUACAAAACGACCUGCUGUCGAUCCUGCUGAACUUCCGCUGCUACCGUUACGUCUUCACCACGGACAUCCCGAAGAUGUUCCGUCAGAUUGAGCUGCACCCCGAUGACACGCCGUACCAGCGCAUACUUUGGCGUGACGACCGAUCGCAGCUGUUAAAGGUGUUCGAACUCAAGACGGUGACUUACGGCCUGGGGUCAUCUCCGUUCCACGCGACGAUGGCGUUGAACCAGAUUGCGGAGGAUGGCGAGAAGGAGUUCCCGUUGGCCUCGGCGGCAUUGAAGAAAUCGUUCUACGUGGACGACGGACUCUGCGGAGCGCAGAGUGUGGAAGCAGCCCGAUUGCUGAGUCGAGACUUGCGCAAGCUGCUGAACACCGGCGGCUUCGACGCGCACAAAUGGUGCGCAAACGAUCCAGCGAUUCUCGAGGAAGUCCCGGAGAUCCUCUGGGGAACAACGUUCGACUUGAAGGACGCGGCUGCCAAGUCGGUCGUGAAGACGCUGGGUGUGGCGUGGAACGCGUCGCAGGACUGGUUCACCUUCACCGUGCUGCCCCCCGAGGAGGAGACGAAGCCGCUGACGCGGCAGAAGGUGCUCAGCGAAAUUGCCAAAUUCUUUGAUCCACUUGGCCUGGCUGGUCCGGUGGUGACAACUGCGAAGCUGAUCUUGCGGAAGGUCGGCACGUUGAAGAACAUCGGCUGGCUUGACCCGGUUCCGGAUAGUGUGGCCAACGAGUGGCGUCGAUUCCGGGAGCAGCUGCCUGCACUGAACGACUUUCGGGUCUCCCGGUGGGUCUACGACGAAAGAGCAGAACGCGUGGAACUCCACGGUUAUUCCGAUGCGUCGGACGAUGCGUACGGCGCGAGCGUGUACGCACGCAACAUUUACCCGGAUGGCGAUAUCACGAUGCGGCUGAUUUGCAGCAAGUCAAAGCUCCUCCCGAAGAAGGUCAAGAACGUCCCGAAAGAAAUCAGCACUCCAAAGGGCGAACUUGAGGGUGCGCUGCUUCUCGCUGAACUGGUUGACAAGCUGGUAAACGCCGUCGAUGUUUGCUUCGAUUCGGUGAACUUUUGGUGCGACUCGCAAGUGGUGCUGAGCUGGAUCGCGAAGAAGCCCGACCUGGAACUGUUUAUGGCCAACAGAGUGAGGAAAAUCCAGCAGCUGACCAGCAAGUACCGGUGGGGAUACAUUCCGACGGAUGACAAUCCUGCCGACCUGAUUUCGAGAGGCGUGAUGCCCCAGAACCUGAUCAAGCGGGAGAUUUGGAAGGACGGGCCGGUGUCGAUGAACAGUCGCACUAUCGAGAUAGUGCAGCCCCCUCUUCUCGACGGCGCAGAACUUCCAGGAUUGCGAUCCACGAAGUGUCUGGCGCUAGCGGCGCCGAUUGAACGAUUGCGGAUCUUUGACAAGCUCGGGGAUUUCCGUCGACUGCUGCGCAGCAUGAGCAUUGUGGUGCGGUUUGCGAACUACAUCAUCUCAAGAAGGAAGGUUGUGGUAAAGGGCCUGCCGACGAGCGAGGAGCGCGCGGCGGCGCAGAAGCUAAUCUUGCGCUUGGUGCAACGAGAGGCGUUCCACACCGAGCUGCUGGCGUUGAAGGAGAACCACUCGCACCGUUUGCGAGGACUGAACCCGUUCAUCGAUCCUGACGACGGCCUUCUGAGAGUUGGCGGUCGAAUCAAACAAGCUUUCGUGCCGUACGACAGCCGGCACCAGAUCCUGAUGCCUGCCAAGCACCCUGUCACGGAAUCGUUUAUCCGCUACGAGCACGUGAAGAACCUCCACGUGGGCCAGAAGGGCCUGCUUGCGCUGAUACGCCAACGCUUUUGGCCGAUGAACGUCAAGACGACUAUCCGGAAGGUGAUUCGAGGGUGCGUGACGUGCUUCCGAGUUAAUCCAAUGAAGACGGCCCAGCUGAUGGGAGACCUCCCGUCCUACCGAGUACAACCGGCCCCUGCGUUCUUCCACACCGGUGUCGAUUUCGCAGGACCGUUUCUGAUCAAGUCGCUGACCGCAGCACGAAGGCCGAUGAUGACGAAGGGGUACGUGUCCCUCUUCGUGUGUAUGAGCACGCGAGCUAUACACCUGGAGCUGGUCUCAAGUCUCACGACGGAUGCCUUCCUCGCCGCCUUGCGGCGGUUCACUGGACGUCGAGGCCUGGUGAACAAGAUGCACUCCGACAACGCAACCAACUUCGUUGGGUCGGAGACCGAGCUCGAGCGACUGGCCAAGUUGUUCGCCGAGGAGCAGCACAUCGAAAGGGUGGAGGAGUUCUGCAGCAGCCACGGAAUCACCUGGAGCUUCAUCCCGCCGCGCAGCCCGCACUUCGGUGGGAUCUGGGAAGCUGGGGUGAAAUCGGUCAAGCAUCAUCUAAAACGAGUAGUAGGCAACCAGAAACUCACCUUCGAAGAGCUGACUACCGUGCUGGUGCAAAUUGAAGCCGUGCUGAAUUCGCGGCCCUUGACGCCGUGCUCGGACGACCCGAACGAUUUGACCGCAGUGACUCCAGCACACUUUUUGAUCGGGCGAGAGAUGCGCGCGGUUCCCGAGCCGUCCUAUCUCCACCUGAAGCAGUCGGCGCUGUCCCGCUGGCAACACGUGCAGGCAAUGCAGCAGCAGUUCUGGAAGCGGUGGAUUGCGGAGUAUUUGCCGGAGCUGCAGAACCGCCAAAAGUGGUUCAAAAACACCAAGAUCCAGCCGGGCGCUUUGGUGCUGAUCAGCGACCCGAACGCUCCGCCGAUGCAGUGGCAACUUGGUCGAAUCAUCGCGCUGCAUCCCGGAAAGACGACGUCACCAGGGUGGUGA